AUGUCUAUUGAUAAUAAUAAAUUAUGGAAAACAGAAAUAACUACACCAAUAUCAAAUAUUCAGAAUACUAAUAAUACAGGUGCUCGAGGUGAUUGUGUUGAUUUACCGAUAAUUUCCAUGAUUUCUAAUAGAAUUAUACGUGAUUCUAUUGAUGAUAAAAAUGAACAUUUAAUAUCUUCAGUUAAUUUUGAAAAUCAAAUAGAAGAUUAUUUUCAAUCAAAUUUAGCUUGUGGUGAACCUGAAAAACAUAAAGUAUGUGUUUCAACAUCAUCAGCUACUUUUAUUGUAUCAUCAUCAUCAUCUCCAUUAGAUAUGACUGUACAACCUGAUGAUCAUAAUAUUCAAGAUAUGAUUCAUUUACAUACUAAUAGGGAAUUAUUUAUGCAAGAGAGAAUAGCUGAUAAUCAUCAACAAUCAUUAGGGAUUAGACAAUAUUGGAUAUUAGCAACUAUUAUUACUGGAAUAUUCAUGAUUUUGAUAACCAUCAUUACUAUUAGUAUCAUUCAUUGA